AUGUCCUUCAUUUACCUUAAUAUACUCUAUUUCAUAGGUCGCAUCCCACCAGGGACAAGCAUAGCUGCUUUGGAGGAAUUGCAAAACAAAAAAGGAGUUGGUUGCUUAAAUGUGGUGCUUCCGCCAUGCAAUCCUGAAUGGGCGGUCACAAAGAUCAUAUUUGUACAAUCGGCAGCGGACUCAAUCCCAGAACAACUACUCGAUAUGUUGCAUGACGUUCUGUCAGAACACGACGAUCGUUUGCAAACGAAAUUCAAGGCAAGCCUAUUUACGGUAAUUACCAAACACGACCUGGUUAAAGAGGCAGGAAGGGAUAUAUACGGAAGUGAUCAAGAUGCCACCAUCACGGCUGAAGAUUUCCAAGACAAGAAAGACAAGCUAGCUACUGCUCUAGGGAUAAAGAACAAUGUCGGCGACAACUGCAUUCCAUGGGCAAGCUAUUGCGACACAGUCCGUAUGCCGUCUCCAAAGGUCCAAAACUCCGUCUUGAAGCUACUUCGACAAAUCCAGUGUCCAAAACCAGUGGAGCACACAGGCGUGCCUUUGCCAAGGAUAACUCUGCUUCAAUCGUGGCGACUGAAUCUAAAUGCGUUUUUUACCACUAGUUCAUGUCGAACUUACGUUCUCAUUUUUGUUAUCUGUACUCUGGUUGCAGCCUUCUUAUGGCUCAUUGCACAAGUGCAUGAAAGCCCAAAUACAAGUUCUAUUGUAAUCAUGCGACUGGUGAGCAAAUCAAUUCUACAGGAACGCAAUAAAACUUAAUUUUUAUUUCCAAAAGUGUGUCAAAGCCCUCAUAGGGUUAUUACUGUACAUCGUGCGACCAGUGAGCAAACCAAUUCUACAGGAAAAAAACAAAACGUUUUAGUUUUGUCACGUGAUCGCGUCCCGGUAGUUAUCAAAAUAUACAGGUUGUCUUUCUGUUGUUUUUUCACGAUUGCUUCGACGUUCUUAUUUUAUUUCAUAACUGCCUUGGUUACUAAACUUUGAUAUUUUGAAACAAAAUAGUGACCAUUUUUUAAAUAGAGGUUAUCUUAAACUUCGAUAUCAUCGGAACAAAUGGUUGUUUUAGUUUUUGUCUCCCGGUCCUUAACCCCGUACUUAAAAAAAGGUUUAUGUUAUGAGUUUGCAAAUGAUUUUAUCCUUGUAGUCGAUCAAAUAAAUGCCAUGAUGAUAAUAACGAACUGUGAUAGAUCGAGUAGUGUAUAUUCAUAUGCUUAAAUGUAUCCGUAAGACUCUUUCAUUUUACUCGUUCCACAAUGUACAAAAUCAUCAUUAGGUAAUACGUAUGCCUAUGGCGCAGGUACAAUUGUGCAAUUGUCAGUCUGUAUAAUUGAUUUCUUAAUUGUAUAGAACUGUCUUGUGUGAUUGAAUUGUAUGAAACUAUUGUGUAUGAAUGUUCUUUCGUGAUAUUUUCCUUUAAUAGCAUUAAUACCAUGAAGUCCUAAAGAUAGGUUUGAUAUUUGUAUUUAAAUUUUACUUUGCGUUGUAUAUAAAUGUCAUUUAUCGUAUUAAUUUUUAAAUAAAAU